AUGGCCUCAUCUAUUGAGACCUCAAAAAUUAGCGGCCAUUUCCGAUCAAUCAGCUUGCCUUCUAGGAGCCACCCUCUCACGACAACCGCAGAGGAGUAUUUGUCUAGGCUCAGGUCAUCAGAAGUGGCGUCCUCGUCCUCAUCGGCAUCCCAAAGUUUGGGAGAACUCAAGAGCUUGUAUGACUGCAUCGAUGACUUGCUUCGGUUGCCUCUCACUCCACAGGUUCUUUCCCACCUGAGAAGUCCCGCUGAAGAGUCGUUGGAUGUUUCUCUCACGCUGUUAGAUGUUUGCGGGAAUGUGAGGGAAGCUUUCUCACAGAUGAAGGAAUGUGUCCAGGGGCUUAAGUCUUCUUUGCGAAGAAGGAAAAGAGGAAAUUCCAACUUCGCCGUUGAUGUAGAAGCAUCUAUCAACUCUAGAAAAAAGUUAAACAAAGUAAUCAGCAAGUACUUGAGAAAUUUAAAGAAGGAAGGCUCUAAGAAGGUCUCUCACAAUGAAGCUACCCUCAGCUUACUAACUGAAGCUGGAGAGAUCAGCGUUUCCGUAUUCGGGUCCCUCUUAGGUUUCCUUGCUCUGACAGGCUGGUCUCGAGUGUCGAAACUGCUGGAACCUAAACGCGUAUCAUGUGACGGUGGAAAAGAAACCAAUGACGUGCAAGGCUUGGAUGCCAUCGUGCUCUCCCUCAGCUCGAGCAAUGACGUGUCAAAGCUAUUGGAGGAACUAGAGGCAAGCUCUCAAGAAAUUGAGGAUGAGUUGGAAUGCAUUUUCAGCCGCCUGGUGAAAUUGAGGGUUUCCUUCUCAACAUUGUUAACCACUAGAAAUCCAUAG